AUGGGUCGUGCGAAGCUAAAGAUGGAACUCAUAACGAAAGAGAAGACACGAAACACGACUUACCAGAAACGUAAACAUGGGAUCAUAAAGAAGGCUAAUGAAUUCACCAUUCUUUGUGAUGUUGAUACUGUUAUGAUCGUCUACCCGCCCAAUUCUAACCACCCCGAGAUUUGGCCCGAAAACCCUAACCAGAUCAACAAGACCAUCGCUUCUUACAAGGCGAAAAAGAGCGAAAGCGGGAAGAGAACUUAUGAUCUCAACGACUUCUUUCAGGACCGAAAGAAAAAGAUUGAAGAUGAACUCGUGAAGGCCCGGAAAAAGAACAUGGAAGCGAAGUACUCGACUUGGUUCGAAGAGCUGAACGGUUUAUCGGAGGGGCAGUUGAGGCAGUUCGCUGUCGGAUUGGAAAACAAGGAGAAUAUUGUGAGAGCCCAUCUUGAACUCAAGAAAAGAAGCCUUAACAUGCAGAUGCCAUUCAGGUUCGAGCUCGAAAACAACCAGCCGGGUAUUCACUAUGUGGGUCCGCACCCGAGUCUUGAUCAGGUUCAAGGAAUGAACAUGAACAUGAACCACCACCUGAUGAACCAUGAUCUUGGGUGGUUCAAUGAGGCACCAAGCACUUCGUUCAUUCCACUGAAACGUGAAAUGGGUGGCUUUGGUUAUCCGGUGUUUGAGGGUGGUGUGGUUUAUGAUAACUCAAACCCGUGGGCGUUUCAGCCGGUGGUGCAAUGUGGUCUGAUGCCGGACCUGGCAUUGCAAGAUUCACAUGUGAUGAAUUAUGAUGCGUAUGAUGGUGUUGGUGAUUUUGUCAUGGAUGAUCAUCGAGGAAGGUUUAUGGGUUGA